GAGAGCGCGAUGACGUCAGGGGAAAACGUGAUGUCAGACGCACGUUAAGAAAAGAAGCGCGAGUGAGCAUGCAAUGAGCAGUGAGGAUUUGUUUACUACAUUUUCUUCGAAACUGCAAUUGUUUUGAGUGUUUACAUCAGGAUGUCUUUGCUGAAGCCCUUUAGUAAGCUGCCUUCGUUGAACACAGCGAACAUCCUGCUGGUGGAGAGUGAGGAGCAGUUCCAGCAGAGUUUAGCAGACGUUCUGGUGGAGGAGACUGCGUUCACUGUGAAUGUGAGACUAGCUAAGAGUCUGCCUCUGCCCAAGGAGAAUGAGGAGAGUCGACCAAGGAUAGACCUGGUGGUGUUUAUUAUCAACCUGACGUCAGAGCUCAGUUUCCAGUCAGCAGAAGCUUCCCUGAAAUAUUUGGACCCUGGAUAUUUACUUGGAAAAGUCUGCUUCAUGGUUACUAAAGCUCGUAACACUUCGGUGCCCACCGAGCGGCUGGACGCUGUCAGGAAGCUGGCUGCAGUGCUGAGCUGCCCCUUGCUGUUUGCAGAGGAUCAGACACCAGACGGUGUGACCAACGCUAGAGAGCGGCUGCUGAGCAUCUUGAAGGUAUCGGCUGGUCUUGUUCCCAUGGCUACCGCUCUCUACCUGUCCAACCUGACGCGCUGCACCGUGCCCCCCGACAUCGACCAGCCAAGCUUCGAUUAGCUCCUGUUCUCUCUGGAGGGGUGUCUCUUUUUUCAAUUAUAUUUAUUUGUGGUUGCCAAGAACACAUGACCGCAUAUUUUUUUAUUUUAGAUUAAAUGUUUGUUCUUUUAGCUAUGGCAGCUUCUUAUCCCUGCAAUGUUUCCCUAAAGUGCAGAUGGUCACAACUAAAUCUGUACAGGUCAUGCUGGCACACUGUAAUCUGGCUCACUAGGACACUUAAAUAAAACAAAACCAUCGUUAAUGUGA